GUCUGGACCAAAGAUGGCAAGCAGAUUUACACCACUGGGCAAAGAGAUGAAGGCUGUAGCACUCCCAAACACAAUGCUUGUCACAUAUGCUCCAGAUGUGGAAUGGCAACACAUGGAGCCCAGAAGUGCCCUAGAGCACAGAAAGAAGUUUCCACUAAUACUGUAUAA